CAGCUGAAGCUCUGGCCACACUAGCGCUGGCUGUCAAGCAAAAGCAUUUUUGCUGGAGUCUACCAUUUUAUUUUAGUUAAUAAAAUACAUAUAUUUCCUCUCUUUUUGUUCCGUUUGCGCGUACGAAUAAGCUGCAAAGCCUCGCGUCCGACGUGCAAUAUUUAACGUGCUGCGAAACGUACGCAAAAGUGAAGAAAAUCGAAAACGGAUCUGCGACGAAAUUUUCCCCGUUCCGUUUUUUUUUCUCCACCAGCAAAGCAGAGCAACGGCAGAGAAAAAGCAGCGCAGCCGAACAGCGAAUAUAUUGUAAAAGAGCCAACCUUGAGAAACACCCAGCAGGGCAUUAAUUCGUUUUUACGUCUGCUGUCUUUCUAGUGAUUCCGUAUUACUGUUUGUGCGAGAAAGCCCCUAGGCGGAGGAGCAGCUAGCCAGGAUGGACAAGAUGAGGAUAUUGAAGGAAAGUCGCCCCGAGAUAAUCGUCGGUGGCAAAUAUCGGGUGAUCAGGAAGAUUGGAAGCGGCUCGUUUGGUGACAUUUAUCUGGGCAUGAGCAUCCAGAGCGGCGAAGAGGUGGCCAUCAAGAUGGAAAGCGCCCAUGCCCGUCAUCCGCAGCUGCUGUACGAGGCCAAGCUGUAUCGCAUCUUGAGCGGCGGCGUGGGAUUCCCUCGCAUCCGGCACCAUGGCAAGGAGAAGAACUUCAACACUUUGGUAAUGGAUCUGCUGGGACCCUCGCUCGAGGACCUCUUCAACUUUUGCACGCGCCACUUCACCAUCAAGACGGUGCUAAUGCUGGUCGACCAAAUGAUCGGACGCUUGGAGUACAUCCAUCUAAAGUGCUUCAUCCAUCGCGACAUCAAGCCGGACAACUUCUUAAUGGGCAUUGGCCGGCACUGCAACAAGCUCUUCUUGAUCGACUUCGGGCUGGCCAAGAAGUUCCGUGACCCGCACACGCGCCACCACAUUUUGUACCGCGAGGACAAGAACCUCACCGGCACCGCCCGCUAUGCCUCGAUCAAUGCCCAUCUGGGCAUCGAGCAGUCGAGGCGGGACGACAUGGAGUCCCUUGGCUAUGUGAUGAUGUACUUCAAUCGCGGCGUCCUGCCCUGGCAGGGCAUGAAGGCCAACACCAAGCAGCAGAAGUACGAGAAGAUCUCCGAAAAGAAGAUGUCCACGCCCAUCGAGGUCCUCUGCAAGGGCUCGCCGGCCGAGUUCUCCAUGUAUCUGAACUAUUGUCGUAGCCUGCGCUUCGAGGAGCAGCCGGACUACAUGUACCUACGUCAAUUGUUCCGCAUACUGUUUAGAACGCUGAACCAUCAGUAUGACUACAUCUACGACUGGACAAUGCUGAAGCAAAAGACCCACCAGGGUCAGCCCAAUCCAGCUAUUCUUUUGGAGCAAUUGGACAAAGACAAGGAGAAGCAGAACGGCAAGCCGCUCAUUGCGGACUAAAAGCUGGGGAUUGGCUUGGGAGCGAGGUUGAAGACGAAUGGGGGAGUACAUCAGAAAAGGAGGACGGAGGCGGUCGCGGAGGUGGAGGUGGAUGAGGAUGUGGACGAGGACGAAAUGCCUGGCAAGGAGCGAAACACAACCGAAGGAUUGAUAAACAGCAGCGGGCGUUAGGAUGUUUCUUAAUAUUAAUUUAAAUUCAAUACUAAACAAAUAAGGAACAACAAACAGCAAGCAAAAGCAAAAGCAACACAACAGCAGCAGCGCAGACAAGCAACACAUUAAUGAUACAAAUUGAUACCCCAGCUAAUGUGAUUCACGAGUGAAUCACUGCGAUCGAUGGUAACACACACAAAUUUACUCCAAAUCCAUUCGGUUCAAUCAAUUUGCAAUCCAAACACAAACCCAACCACAAACACAAAACUCACAACUCACAACUCACACUCACACUCACCCACAAACACCUCUCAUACACCCACUCAAAAAGCAAACAUCAUUGCCCAAAAAAACGAAAAAAAAAGAAAAAGAAAAAAAUAAAAAUCAACACUUAGCCUAAUAAAUUACAAGAAAUAAUAAUGGUAAUGUUGGAGGAGCAAAAAGAGAAGUAAAGCAAGAUGAAAACUAAACCUAUAUAUAUGUAUAUGUAUAUAUAUAAGCGAAUAAACACCAUAUAUGUAUGCAUAUAUCCCAUUUGAUUCACGUCAAAUCGAAUCCAAUGCUUAAUUAUGAAUCGAGCGAAGCAAAACUCAAUAACUAAUUAAAAUGGAAUAAAUAAGAAACAAAAACAAGAAUAAACAAUAAAAAAAAAUUAAUAAAAUACACCGAAAAAGAAAACAAAAAAAUUAUGAAGAAUAGUGGAGGAUGAGGAGAAACAACCAAGCAAAGCCAACUGAGAUGAUGGGGGAAAGUAAUAAAAUACAACCAGCAACAAGAGUAAAACAAACAAAUAAUAAUAAUUAUAAUGAAGGAAAAAAAAAAAACAGAACGCAAAACUGCAAAGUAAUUUUGCAUAGUAAGCAGUAAUAAUUAUAAACAUAACUUAUAUUUAAUUUUUUGAAUUACAUCAAUAAAUAUGUUGAAAUUAAA